AUGUCCUCCUCACGUUCGUCAUCGUUAUCUGAUGGCGACGACAACGACCGUGCGGGCUCAUCGUGGAGUGAUGCCAGCGACGCGGUGAAUUCGGUGACCGGCGAGGCAAACGCCAAGGGCGCGGCGCCAAGGCUUACUGAGGAAGACGACCGGGCGGUUGGUUGCGUGGAGGGCGUCAGGCUACUGGGGCCAAAGGAGCGUAUUCACCGGUACCUUGAUCAGUGCGUGCCCCCAUCGCUCGUGGCCCAUCAGCGCACCGCGGAUGGGCCCCUGCUGGCUCAGCUGUGUGCGGAGCUGGAGGCAGUCGGCAGUUCAAAGGCGUGGGCGAGUCACGUGCCCGCUACGGUGUUUGACGAGUACACGGCGACAGUUGAAGAGGGCGCGAGGAACAUCGAGGCAGGCUUCCCCGCAAGCGCCGCCUUGCAGCCGAGUCCACGAGCUGACCUCUUCGAAGCCGCCUUGUAUUCAUGUGAGAACGUGGCGUACCCCUCGUAUCCGUCGUUGGUGGAGCUUCGCCGCGCUGCGGAGUCCGGCAGUGGCGCCACUGUUCCGUGGUCGACGCUGACGCGUCACUUGUCGUACCUGAGUGUGCGGCUGCACGGGUUGCUGUCUGCGCCACACGGCUGCGUUGGCGCAUACGUGCUGCCGCUACGCUUUCAGGCGUCGGUGGUGCCGCUGCUCUACACAUGGGCGACGCACUGGCCCCUCAUCGAGGCCGACAUCGAGUGCUGGCGAGCGGUCGUGCAGUGCUUCCACACGGCGUGCCGACCACCGAUCCCUAAUAAGACAUCCUCCGACGUGAAUGGAGAGGCAGCGCUUGAAGCGACCUUCACGCUGCCGUGGCAGCCGCUGGCAGCACUGUGCCUGAGUGCUCGAGAUAAGCGGAACGCUGAGCUGCCCUCAUGGCGAUCUACUCUCACUGCUGUCGUCACCUCGCUGCCGUCGCUGUGCCGCCGCGCGUCGCCUCACUUUAGCGCUGACGCCGUGGAUGGUCUCUGGGGCCUCGUGGCCAGCCAGUUGGCGCCAACGGAAGAUGGUGCUGCUGCACUCUCCUUGUUCGUGCGACUCGUGCCGUACCGUCACCUCUGCGAGCCCCAAACUGACGCGGUCGUUGCACAGGACUCUAUCGAGCAUGAGGCGAUCGCCUUGAGAGAAGGUGACCACAAGUCUCAGGGCCAGCAGGAGGAUGGGCUCGUGUCCUCCACGACGGCGGCCGCGUCGCCGCAGCUGACGGCGCGCGCAAAGCAGAUUCUGCACUUCCUACUGGUGGAGACAGCAGCGUGGGAGCCUCCCGGUCAGCCUUCAUCUGCGGUGGAGCCAAGCAGUGCCAAGGCGAGGAAGUCGAGGGCGCCGCCGCGCGGCAUUUACUUGACAUGGGCGAGGGCCGUCAUGACAUUCACCGGAUCGCUUGCACGCGCGCAUCCUGGAGUGGCCGGUAUGGACGCAUUCGCAGAGCCGCUCUUCACCGCGUGGCUACAGGCGCUGCAGCUGCCGGUGGGGAACAGCGCCGGGCUUCCAGGCACUUCAGCGGCCGCCCUGUCGCGUCUCACGCGCCGUGGAGGACACGAGGCGAGCUCGCUGCCGAGGUGGAACACUGCGCGUGAUGACCCCGAGACGAGCUCGCGCGCAAUCAGCUGGACAGCAGCACCGUACGUGCGGCUGCUGAACGCCUUCCCGGACACCAGUGACUCCCCGCUCUGGCGCCAGUUGGAACGGUGGCUCCACGCCACGAGCGUGCUAGUGCGCCCCGGCAUGCCAUGCCCCAGCGGCAGUCCAGCCGAUCGCGUGUGCGACUGCUACAGCUCACUGGCGCGCGAGGCAGCUCGCCUCUGUUCUUUUACUGAGAAGAGGGCCGCAUGCAAGCCACAGAAGUCACGCGGCGCGGAAGUCGUAGAGGAGCCUGGUGCGCAGACCAACUCACCUCCCGGCAAUGCUACUGGCGAGUCGGCUUCUGCUCGGGCAGCACACCGCUGGAGCCCCGCCACGGUGGAGAGAUUUGUCUGUCUCCUUCUUCCGCAUGCCGUGGCGGCGUUUCAGGCGCGUGCGCGGCAGGCGCAGACGAUGUUGUGGGCACUGCUGCGACUCUCGCCUGCCAAGGCGCUACCAGACUUUCUGCAGUGUGUGCGAACGGGCCUCCAAAGCCCCACAGAGGUGGCGGCGCAGCGCGCUGCCUCGGCGCGGCUUCUCGCCGGCGCCGUGCCCACCAUUCUGGCAGACACGGCAGCUGCAUCGCUGCAGCCGUCUAACACGAGCCGAGCUACUCUGCUUGCCUUUCUGCGUGAGACGCUGCCGUCGGUGCUCACGUUUAUCAAUCCGAGCGACUUGGUGAGUGCGCUUCCUGCCCUCUCACUCGUGGCGGUCGCAACGAGUUACGCCGCAGCGGAGGAAGUAUUGGGCACAGUCGACGAGGUAGAGGCCUUUGCGAAGGCUUAUGUGGCGCGUGUGCUUCCACUCUUUGCUGCCCACGCCGAUGUCAACAAGGGCCAUUUCCCCACCGCUGAGGUGAUGGUUCGAGCGUUUCUGCGGACGCUGCCUCCCACGGCUUUCUCAAUGGUGACGCGCGAGGUGUUGCGAGAGGCGCAAAGUCGUGAUCAUGGUGCUCGCAUGGCCGGGCUGGUGCGCAUGGUUGCUGCCUGCGCGCCGGCUGAGGCAUGGGCCUGUGCAGAGAGGCACUGGCUCCGAGUCCUGCUUGAUACGUCUGCGCGCGACGCCGAGGUGGAGUGGGCAGCACCGCUGCUUGCGGCCUGUGUCUCCCAGCUGGGCGACCGCUCGCUUGCACGCGCACAGGCCGCAGCGAUCUGGCGCGGUGCGCUACUGCAGCUCUGCAUUGUGACCAGUAAGAAGCGUCGCACCGCUGGCAUUCAAGUCAUGGAGGCUCUCAUGGCGUCGCUAACACGGCCGCGAGAGGACGCAAGGACACAUUUUCGUAUCUUAAAUGAAAAACAGUGUCGACCGCAGCAGCUGCAGGGAGCGGAAGCGGACCCGCCCACUGCUCGUGUAUCGUGCACUGCUACCUCACUGCCGCUGCCAAAGGUCGGCACCGCAACUGAGGCGCGGGUGUAUGUGGAGUGGCCGGGGACAGAGGAUAUGCAGGUGGCGGUGGAUCUCUUCAACGCGUCGCUCAAAGACUGCGUGGAUAUCAUUGAAGGGGUCAGCGGUGGGGCUGUCCUCAAUACCGGUGCAGCAGGGACGGCAGCGACUGUUUCAAGCGACGGCGGCAUCUCGCUUUAUGCGCACUUAUUCGGUGGUGCUUCCACUGCCACCUCAGCACCGAGCGGCGGCGGGGCCGCUGCUACAGUCUUUUGCGAGAGCGCCGCCGCCGUUACGCGGCACAGUGUACUGGAGGGAACGCUUCACUGGAUGCUGCGACUCUUCCUGGCAUGCGAGUGGUUGUUUGUUGAGCCGACGCCCACGGGGACGGCAGCGAACGCACAGCAGACGCGCGGUGUGCCGUGGUGGGACGUGAAUCCACGCGUGGCGUGGCAUCCCACCGGUGCAGCACUGCUUCCAGCGUCGUGCAGGCCAGUCUACACGCGGGCGAAGGUGCUUGAAGUGCUUCGCAGGUGCGUGUGCCUUCCCAUGCUACAUCAGCACGUCGUCGUGCCUUUGCGCCAGUGCGGUGUGGAGCUGCAGGAGUGGUUUGGCCCACCAGCCAGCGAGGAGGCGUCCGCGUCGGGGGCGGAAAGCCAAAGUGACGUGGCGGAGUUGCUGAAGCUGCUCCAGUGGCUGUCGUCUUCCGUCGUGCGGAUGCCUCAGCAGCGAUGGAGACCGGCUGCGUCGCUCUCGCAUUACCUGCGCCAGAGUAUGGGGAAGCAGUGCCCAUGGAUGCGUCGACGGCUACCGCUGGAGUGCUGGACUGACCGCUCGAUGCAGCUGCAGGUGGAGGCGGUGACGCACGGGCAUCUGCCAGUGACGCAGAAGACCUUCUCGGAUGUUGUGUCAUUUCUGCAGAGCCUAUGUCUGUCUCCGCACCGGUCCGUCUGGGGAGGAGCGAUGCAGCUGCUCGUGCACGUGCGCCUCUUCGGUGCCCUCGAUAGCGCCUCGCUUGCAACUUUUGAGGGCCGAGUGCGCGCCGUGGCGACAGACGUCAUUCGCCAGUGGCUUGCAGGGGCGGCACCUUCAGUGUUAGAAACUACCGUGGCGAGUGGAACACUGCAUCCCCAGGGGCAGCUACUGUUGCCUGAGACUACCACAGCGGCGGUGAAAGGCACAGUUGACGGCGAAGAUGGAGCUGGGCCGCUCAUCACCUCAGUCACUCCGGCGGCCAUCGAAGUUGCACCUCCCACGACGCUGCGGCUGCACACACUCCAGGGCGCAAUGGAGGGGGUGCAGACGCUUCUGGUUUCACUGACACUCAGCCGCGAAUUCUUUGAGGCGCCGCUCAUGUGCGUGGAAUCUCUGCGCUUCCUCGUUCGCUUCCCUGAAGAGCUGCGCUCCGCCACAGCCGGGCUGCUGCUGCCGCAUCUCACUGAACGGGUGCGCUCCUCCAAAGCGCUUCUCAUCACCGGCGCCGCCCGCUCCCCCGCCUUCACGGAGGAGGUGGUGCAGCUUGCCUACGAGCUUGCUUCCACGUACCCUGCGCGUGCUGCGCUACUCGUGGCGUACGCCUAUCUCGUCUACUGGCCGUCCCCGCGCCACUGGGUUGCACUGCGCACUGUGCGUUACCUCACGCGCCUCUCCCUCUCUCCGCACAUUGUCCUACGGUGUGUGGCAGCCGACCUCUUACAGGCCGUGUCGCUGCCGGUCGCCGUGCGGGAGCCCACGUGGACGGUGCGCAUGGUGACGGAUGCCGUUGCGGUGCCGGUUUCCUUCUUCUUCUCGCCGGACACUGUGAGGGAAGGGCUUAGUGAGAAGGCGCAGCGGGCGCACCAGGCUGCUGUGGCAGCGGUGCAGGAUAGCAUGCACCGGCUGACGGAGGUGUGCCCGUUGAUGCCGUACUACGCCAGCACAAAGGGCCUUGUGUUUCCGCUGCGAUACCUUACCGUGCCCAGGUGCGCAGCGUCUGCACUGGGGCUGCAUGAGGUGCAGCCAGGCACUGCGCUGACGCCUCAGCACGGCGGUGCGAUCACCGGCCCCGCCUUUGUAGACGCCGUCACGCACACGCAGCCGUCCGAAGCGGCUGCGUACCGUCGGCAGUUACUCACAAUUCUGCUUGGCGGCCCGGGUGGCAGCGUUGCCGCCGUGGAGGCGGCGGCAGAGGAGAGCUCCAGCGCAACAGAGGCCGAGACGCGACAGCUGAGUCCACAUUCGUGGGUGCUGCAGCUACUGGCACUGCCGGUCGAGUGCCACCAGGCGUUCCAUGACCGCCAGGUGGCGUCCGCGACCACAGUAGUGAAGCUGCUUGCCUCGCUGUCACAGGAGCCGGGGCCCAAUGAUGCAUCGUCGCCAUACUCGUCUGCUGCUUCGCUGCUGCUUGAAUGGGCUGAAAAUGCACUGCAAGCGUGGCAGCGCAGUCGCGGUCAAACUAACCAGCCCCGAAGCGGGGACACGCAGCACGCAUCUACUGCGGACACAAACGAUUCUGACGGUCCUUCCAUGUUUACCGCGCAGCAUGGCGCGGCAGACGCAUCCUGUGCUCACCUCACCGCUAGCGAGGGAGACGCAGAAGUGCGCGCCGACAAUGAGGACACGAGCGAGCUGGAGGAGGAUGAGAUGUACCGCCUCUUCCGCUCUCUUGCGAUUGUGUCCUCGGCCGUGCUGCGACUGACCGUCCCACUGCGACCAGCUGCAGCACCGAGCUCUGUUCAGAAGGGCCACACAGAUGUGGGGCUGCGGACGCGAGCAGUGCGCUUCUUCUCGGACGUUGUUGCGUGCGUCUGCAGUCAUGCAGCCGUACCGCACCGCGUCGCCCAGCAGGUCAUGCUGGUGGCCUUUGCGACAUUGGGGGAGUCGCUGACGUCGGAGGAGCUGUGGACUGUGGUCUAUGCAUUAGCGAGUCAACUGGGCAGUACAACCCAUGCGGAGCCGGCGGCGGUGGUCGCUAAUGAUGCAGGCAGCGGUGCCGGUGAUACGUGGUCACAGCGACAGCAGCGCCUCUUGUCCUUCAUCGGCUCCCUUCUCUGCGGCGCGCCGCCAGGGGUCAUCUGCGUCAACCUCUCGCGUCUGGUGGCCCUUGUCGAGGUGAAUGUGCAUCUCCUCAGUAUUUCUUCGACGAGCCAAGUGCGACAGAUGGCGGCGGUGGUGGUGGCGCAGCUGAUUAAGUUCUCCACUCUGCAGAGUGGCCUUCGAGUCGAGUUCAGCAGCUGCCGUGCCUCCGCUGAUGCGCUGAUUGUCUCGCUCAUGCGGCGUGCCAAUACCGCCGUGUUUCAGGGAAGACUUCCGCUUGUGUGUGUCGGGGCCGAAAGCAAAGACAUCCUGGCGAAUGACACGCCAGCGGCUUGUGCUGCCGCCCCCGCCAGCCGCGGUAAAACAUCUGGCCCGGCUGGGUUUCGAUCGCCCACCUCCAAAGAUGCAGCGCUGCUGACCUUCACGGUGCUGUGCCUUCGACAAUCCACGGUGGACAUGCUCGAGGCCCACGCACACGACAUGGUGCUGCUGCUCUGCUGCUGCCUUGACUUGUCCUUUACGGAGGUGCAGCGGCUGCACGAGGUGGUGGAGGCAGCUUUUGCAUCUUUGAUGGCUCUUCGCAUGCCCAAGAUGCUUGUUCAUGAGCUGAUCGAGCAGCUCUGCAGUGUCUGCACAAGCCCCAUCGCGUAUGGUACCUCACGGCGGGCAAAGGCGGCGUGCACGCGUGCACUGCGUCGGCUUAUCUUUCCGAACCUGCACCGCAUCGGCAGGUUUGCCGUCAUGGAGCAGAUCGCUGCCGCGAGCCUUGCUGCUUUGGCGCACCGUGACGCCAGCGUCCGUGCCGAGGGCAGUCACCUGAUGGUCGUGCUCACCAAGGUCGCCGCCGAGGCGCAGAUGCGCGUGCUAGUGCAGCGUCUGGGGCAGGAGCUGCGCCAGCUCCCCUGUGAAUCUGCCGCUACCGCGUCUGCGGCGGCGGAGUACCAGCAGGAAGAUGCACCCUCCAGCAAUGGUGCUGGCCCAGCAUCGAUGGGCCGUCGUGUUGCCCUCGUGCAGGCUCUCGGCGCGGUGGUCCUGGCUGACCCAGGUGACCCAUCUUCGUACGUACCAAAGGUGAUGGUGCAGCUUGCGGCCUGCGCGCAGGAGGACGGCACGGAAUGCGGUCGUGUGGCAAAGCGCGUCUUCGAGGCAUGGUGGCAUGCGCACCGCGAGGGGUGGGAGCAUGUCUACAAGUCGCGUUUCACGCCUGUGCAGGUGGAUGCGAUGUCCGACCUUCUCGCACCACGCUACUACGCAUAG